AUGAUUUCUGCCUAUGAUAAUGUCAACAAAGUUCGAGUUGCUAUAAAGAAAAUCAGUCCUUUUGAGCAUCAGACGUACUGCCAGAGAACUCUGAGAGAGAUUAAGAUCCUCCUGCGCUUCAGGCAUGAGAAUAUUAUCGGAAUAAAUGAUAUUAUCAGAGCUCCAACUAUUGAACAAAUGAAAGAUGUAUACAUUGUGCAAGAUCUCAUGGAGACAGAUCUUUACAAGCUCUUAAAGACUCAACACCUCAGCAACGACCACAUUUGUUAUUUCCUUUACCAGAUUCUGAGAGGGUUAAAAUAUAUCCAUUCAGCCAAUGUGCUUCAUCGUGACCUCAAACCUUCAAAUUUGCUGCUUAACACCACUUGCGAUCUCAAG